AUGGCAAGAAGAAAGUCGCUCAAUGCCUUUUUCGGAGUUGAUAAGAAAAGAAAGAGAGAGGAAGUAAGGAGAAACUUUGAAGGUCUUCAAAGAAAUCGUAGAAUUUUCUGUGGUUACUGGUUAUUGAUUCUUCAUGAAAAAUGUCAAUGUUUAAAAUUGAAAUUUUCACAAAAACAAAACCAGCUUGCAGAUGAUCACAAGAAGCAAAAGGAUGAACAAAAAAAAAUAGACUAA